AAAAACGAGCAGAAGGCCAGUCACCUCUUUCAGCAGCAGAAGCAGCAGCAUCUUCAGACGCAGCCUGAGACCUCAGAGCAGAGAAGGUGCCUCCGACUCCGGACUCCCGACUUCCGCAAGCUGCCAGAUAGUCUCUCACAGAGGCCAUCUUCCCUUUCCCCCCUGACUUUUCCUCUUUUCUUACCCAUUAGCUUCUUCUCCCGGUGGACUUAAGUCCACUCUGCUCCCCCUCCCUUUGGCUGCUCGCCUACUCUCUCUUCUACAUCUCUCUCCUCGCCCACUUCCUUCGGUGUCACGCUCCCUCCUAGUUUUGUGCGUCUACAAAGUUUUGAGCGGAAUUUUAGCCUCGGCAAACAAGUCUCCCCAGCUCCUUCAGCUAAUUCCCGCGGCUUCUCUCCAGACACCAGCUCCAGGCAGUGACUGAUGCUUCUCGGGUUGUGAUUCCAGCGCAGAAACUCGAAGGAGCCUUUGCCCGCCGUCCUACUUAGUCAACCCUUUCCUAGCCACCAAUGACCAUGUGUAGCGGAGCAAGGCUGGCCCUGCUGGUGUAUGGGAUAAUAAUGCAUAGCAGUGUCUCCUGUUCACCUGCCGCCGGACUCAGCUUCCCUGGGAUCAGACCAGAAGACGAGGCUUAUGACCAGGACGGAAACCCGCUGCAAGACUUCUACGACUGGGACCCUCCCGGCGUGGGGAGCCCCGCCUCCGCGCUGCGUGACGCUUACGCCCUUUACUAUCCAGCGGACAGGAGAGAUGUCGCCCACGAAAUCCUUAACGAAGCCUAUCGAAAAGUCUUGGACCAGCUGUCCGCCAGGAAGUACCUGCAGUCGGUCGUGGCCAGGGGCGCGGGGGAGAACCUAGGCGGCAGCGCGGUGGACGACCCGGCGCCCCUUACCAAACGCCACUCGGACGGCAUCUUCACAGAUAGCUACAGCCGCUACCGAAAACAAAUGGCUGUCAAGAAAUACUUGGCGGCCGUGCUAGGGAAAAGGUAUAAACAGAGGGUUAAAAACAAAGGACGCCGAAUAGCGUACUUGUAGCAGAUCAGCUGCCGGCUACCUUGUGUAUAAAAUGAAAAGUCGUUUUCCAAAUUGACUGACCAGUCAUCACUCGUGUUCUUUCCAAACAUGUAUUUAUGUAUCAAGUAAAGCCAUUAAAUGACUAUUUUGAUAAUAAUAUUGUUUUUCUUUUUAUGAAGCACUAGAGAAUGCACAGAUAUACUUUGUGGACCAAUUAUUGAUAUAUAUUAUAAGUAUAUAUAUUAAGAAUAUAUAUAACAGAGAGCAAUUCAGAAGGGUGCACAAGGAUUGAAAAUUCGCCUGAGCUGUUUAUGUUUUUAUAUAAAGUAAAUAGAGAAAAUAGACAACCAUUGUUUUGAAUAUUACUCCUAUUUUUGUAAACUGGAAUUAAAGGAUAGUAUUUUUAUCCACAACCGUCUUGAAGAUACCAAUAAUGGCCAUUUGUACAAAAAACAAUGAUGCCCUGCUCCAGGGGAAUUCUGAGGUAAUGACUUGGGAAAUUGCUGAAGGGCUUUCUUUCCCUGUGAGUCUGGGGCAGGCUGCUUGAACCCCAGCCUAACAAGUGGGCAUUGUCCCACUGGUUGCAGGGGCAACUCCAACACUUUCAGUUUCUUUGAUUAUGUGUAUUUGUCUCUCCUCAGACUCUCAGCCCAGAAGGAAAUUCUAAUUAAACAACAGCUCUAUCCAAAUUGUGCUUCUCCCCAGAACUCAUGUCAUUCCCUGGUAGAAGAGUUGAGGAACUGUACAGAAGAGACAGGCUUGGAGAGAGAGCUCUCUUUUCUGUACUUCCUGAUUCUUCAGGGAACAUACUAUUCUAAGGCUAGGGCAAUUGGAACAAAGUGAAAGAUAUAUAGGGGAUUGGUAAAGGCAGAGCAUGGGGAUUUGAGAUUUGAGAGUUGCCUCAGGUCUGAGAAUCUGGGGGCAAGUCUAGCUCCUCUGUAGGUUCCACUGCCUGACAGAUCAGGUGCUGGUGUUGGAAUGAAUGCAAAGUACAAUGUGUUUUUCUCCAGUGCUGUUCAUGCUUUUCAUGUUGUGAAAUGGCCAGGAUCCUCCCCUUUGAACACUGUUCUGCAGAAGCCACCUCUGUUCUUUGUGGUUUUUCUGGAGACCCUCCUUCCUACCCUUGCCCCUGUGCAUUGUUUUAGAAUCAUUUGCCAUUUUCCACUCACUUAUCUUAAAUUUGUGAAUGCUAGUUAUUUUUUUGUUGUUGUUUGAUGCAAGCAGUUACUGUGAAGUUUAGGAACCCCUGUGUAGCUUCCACAGAGAAAUUAUGCACUAAAUACGAACCUUUUGUUUCUUGUUUAUUGAGUUUGUAGGUAAAAUGUAUUUUUCUAUAUUAUGGCUUAUUGCUUAGUAAAAUUUAUUUCAUAAAA